GGGAUUUUUCGAGUUUUGACAAAUGGAAAAGACUAACAGUAUAUUCAGUGUGGUGAUACCAUAUGGUUAUCAUGAGUCCGCACGGUGCGGUUACUGCAAAGGGACACAUGGCGGUUUACACGCAACCUGGGGUAGAUUUACCUCGUUAUUUCAUUUUCAUCCCAUUUUUAGGCAUGGGUACAAAGCGAUUGACUGUGUCAGACUACCAGUACCUUAUUGAUCGGGGUUGGCGUCGGUAGGUUGUUUUCAUAAUCGUUGCACUUUUGUUCAUUCAGCUCUGGCACAUAUUGCUAUAAACCUAUGAAUAAGGUGACCUGUUGUCCUUGCUAUACCAUUCGCUGCGAUGCUGCUAAGUUUCGACCGUCUCGGUCUCACAAGCGUCUUCUUAAAGCAGUUGCUUUGUUCCUAACAACAGGAGUUAUGCCUAAGUUAUUUGGAAGGAGUGGUAACCAAUGGCGUGCCGAAUCCCUUUCUGAGGUGCCGAAUCACACUAAUCCAGCUACACUUGGGGCCCGGGGGGACAUUCCGAAUACUGAGUAUGCAGGUUCACAGGAAGCGGAUUCUCGGACAUCUGCGACUAGCGCACGUUUUGAUUGCAGUCAAACCACAUCACCGGAAGUAGAUACCUUUUCUACCUUCGUUAUCCCUGCUGGAGAUGUGCAAGAUACUUCCAAACGAUCGUCCACCGUGCCGAAGCUGACCAAAGCACACACCCGCCGUUGGAACGCUCGGUUGGCGAGAAUGAAAGCAAGAGCUUUAAAUGAGAAUCGGCCCUUCGAACUUUUAUUGAAGGAAUAUGAAGAACGGCGUAGGCGGCGUCUGGCCAAAAACGCUCCAAAGGAGCUAGAGUACUUUCUCGCUCAAGAACCAAAUAAAGGACAAGGAAAGCACCAUAUCGAGAUACGUUUGGUUCGAAGCUCACCAUCAAGUAAUGAGUUCAACUCUACACUGGACACAUCUUACCAGCUUUAUAAAAAGUAUCAAGUGACCGUUCACGGCGAUAAACCUGACGAAUGCACCAUGGGGUGCUUCACUCGGUUUCUUGUCAAAUCUCCACUAGUAACCUUUGGCUCUUCCUUAGACGUGCAAUACACUCCCAAGAGUGACGAUGCAGGUGAUUCGCCCAAUACAAGCAGUGUGCCAUCCAUGGGUUCGUAUCAUCAACAAUACUGGUUGGAUGGGGUCAGACUGAUUGCAGUCGGGGUUAUCGAUAUUCUACCCCGUUGUUUGUCAUCCGUUUACCUCUACUACGAUCCAGACUACUCCUUCCUACAUCUGGGCACUUAUUCCGCCUUACGAGAACUGGGCUUCGUUCGUGAUCUCAUCCGCACUCAUGGCCUUACCUCUGUAACCCCACACCCCCUGUACGUUCACUUUGAUUCCUAUUAUAUGGGCUAUUACAUUCGAUCCUGUCCUAAAAUGUCCUACAAAGCGCAGUUCCACCCCUCCUAUCUGGCCUGUCCUGAGACCUAUAUUUGGGUCCCCGUGAAAUCUUGCUUGCAACGCUUGGACAGCGCACCUGGCGGCAAAUAUGCCAGGUUUUCCGACGAAAGCGCCACAGAUGUCCACGCCAUUUCAGAACCCCUGGAUCCAGUUGAUCUAGAUAGGAAGAUUGUGUGCCGUAUAUCGUCUAACGAUCGGAGGCGACGGCGUGAACGGUUGCCCCCUGAGCCCGAGGAUGAUAAGCGGUUCGGCGUACCUGUUACGCUUGAUUUCUUGAGGCGGCACAUCACACCAGAGGGUCUCCAGAUCUUCAGAGAAUGGGCAAAACUCUUGGGAAGGCGUGCUUUAGAUGGGAACUUUCAAAUUGUAUUUGGUUGAACAUGUUCUCUACCAUACUACCCUCACUGUUGCACGACUUAAACCUGUACUUUUUGUGUAUCUGCCAUUUGUCUGGAACAACACUGUUUUUCUGUUUAUUUUUUCCUCUAUGAAGCUUGCCCGAACAUGAGUUCAUUCAUCUCAGUCAUUUCAGCGGAUAUUGUAGUUUGUGACAAUGAAGAGCUCUCUGCUUAGCCUCUACUGAACUGCAGUGUUUUCGAAUUGAAUAAAAUAAC